AAUUGUGAUAACAUCUUUCAGAACCAAAAUUCCCAUGUAAAAUUUACCUUUUUUUCUUUGCCUCUAUAAUUUGAAUGCGCAGAUAAACAUGUUGGAAGAUAAAUUGCUUCAUCAGCAGAAGGUUUACAUAUUAGAUAUGCUUUGUUCUGAAAUGCAAUCCCAGAUUUGCUCAGCAUACAACCAAUCCUGCAAUUUUCUACAUAAGAGAGUAGCUGAAACAAGACAAGUCCUUUGCAGAAUAGUCUAUGGUAAGGCUAUAUUGCAGUUGAUGCACGUGAAGCGUGAAAGAUUGCUGAAACAGGUAGAGUUACGUAGAACUGGAGUUCGGGAGUCUCAAAUGUUGAAGUUAAAUUUUGUCAAACAUCAUUCUGCUUCUUCUGAAAAGGACACUAAGCAUGGCGAUAAUUCAUGUUCAGUUACAUUUGGAAACAACCUUAAGGGAGCCAGUGGUAAAGUUAGCACAAUGAAGCGUGAGCUUGAAGCUUUGGAAAAGAAAAUAAAAAAUUGGACCAAGUCUUUUCAAAUUUGCUGCAAGAUAAAAGGAGAACAGAGUUCUUCUGGAACUAUUAAAUUGGUCAAUGACCAUCUAAAGAAGAGAACUUGUUGCAGAUUUAUACGCCAGGGUAUUCAGUUGUGGGAGGUUAACGAUUUGCAGAACAGGAAUGGCCAUCACAAUGUCAUCCUCAACUACCAUGGGUUCAUCUGUAAGAGUCUCGCAUUAAAUACUGGCCUAAAUUCAAGCGUUUUAGUUGCAAAUAAAUUGAAUGAUAUGAACAUCAGUAAGGUAACAAACUUAAUCACAUAA